AACAAAAUGAAGGCAGUAGAUACGAUAUUAUUCGACGUGUCCAAGAAUGAGCUGUUUAAGAUCAACGAGAAUUACAAGAUGCUGCAUCGGAAGCUCAAGACUACUUGGAAAGUUUUGAUAAACCGCGAAGAAAUAUCCUCGAACGUUCUAGAAGACGUAAAGAUCCUUAUAGUGGCUGGACCUCAAAACGCCUUCACGGAUGACGAGCUCGCGUCUCUCAAGCACAUGGUGGAACGAGGGGAUUCAGUCCUGGUGGCCAUGUCUGAUGGUGGGGAGGAGAGGACGAAUACUAAUAUCAACUUCUUUUUAGAAGAGUUUGGGAUUGUUGUGAAUAAUGAUUGCGUGGUCCGUGCGAACUACCACAAGUUCUACCAUCCGAAGGAGUGCCACGUGUCCAACGGUAUUCUGAACCGAGCCAUCACCAAGUACCUGAUGAAGAUGCCCAACUACUCCAGCGAGUCGGAUGACUUUCUCGAAGACCCAGCGACUCCCAACUUCGUGUACCCGUACGGGGCCACACUGACAGUCAAGAAGCCGGCGGCUGCUAUACUGUCCAGCAGUGAUGUUUGCUACCCUGUCAAAAGACCCGUUGCAGCUCUGUAUACUUCGGAGAAGAGCGGAGGUAAACUAUUCGUCAUAGGCUCUGGUCACUUCUUCGCGGACCAGUACUUAGAGAGCGAGUGCAAUGACCUCAUCAGGGAGAUGGUGUUCAACUAUCUCGGCGGCAUCACCGACCUGCAUCUCAACCCCGUCGAUGUUGAGGAUCCUGAUAUAAACGAGUACCGCACACUAGGCGACAUGCUGUGGCUGAGCAGCCUCCCCCUCCCCGAGCCUGCUACAGCCCCACCCCCGCGCCUCACGCCGCUACAUCCUCACGCUCUGUUCACUUGGAGACUGUUCUCCUUGAACCUGGCGCAGUUGCCAGAAGUACUAGGACUUUACGAUGCAUUGGGAGUGAAGCAUGAACCUCUGCGUUUGAUCGCGCCACAAUUCGAAACGCCCUUUCCACCUUUACAACUGGCGGUGUUCCCACCAACAUUCAGAGAGCCUCCGCCCCCGCCGCUGGAGCUGUUCGACCUGGACGAGGCGUUCAGUUCCGAGAGGUCACAACUCGCGAGGCUAGCUAAUAAGUGUCUGCAGCCAGCCUCAUCUAGACUUGCACAGGGAGACGGUCGUCAACUAGAGAACGAACUAGAAUACUUCGUGCGCGAGUGCGGGCGCGUGGUGCGACUGUCUCGCGCCAUGCCGACCGACUCCGCGCCUGCUGGGAAGCAUAUCCUGCACCAGUUGGCUUUGCAGCUCGCUACUUAUAAGAAAAUCGCUCCACGAGACUAGAUAGCAAAAUUUUGUAUGUUUUAUUUUGAAAUCAGAUUCUGAAAUCGUUAAAUCUUCUGAAAUCAGCAGAUCCACCUGACUUCUAAAGGAACUACUGUCUGCAUCAUGUCGACAUGUCAAACGGACUCCGCUCCUGCUUUACAACUCGCUACUUAUAAGAAAAUGGCUCCACGAGACUAAAGAGAUCUACUCUUAGAAGAUCAGGUCCUGAAACCAUAACAUCUUCUGAACUUAGCAGUUCCACCUGCUUCCUGAAGGAACUCAAAUUCAAAAACAUCUAUUCAAAUUAGACUGUUAAAUCAGCACUUUUCGAACGUCAAGAACAAAAGACCCCUUUACCACUUCCUAUGUGUUUUUGCUGGGAAGAAGAAGUUUCACAACCCCAGCAACAUACCUACUACACCCGAACUACUUUCACAGUUGAAUGACAGAAUGACGAACACUGUAUUCUUACGAAACACAGAUAUAAAUACAUACUACAUAUAAGUCAUAGUUGAAUAACAAUAAUAUUAUCCUUGAUAAUGGUGGUAUAAAAUAUGUUUCCUAAAAACUAGUGAUAAGUUUCAUGUUAUUACGUGUUGUUAUAAAAUAA